AUGCUCGGACGCGAACACCCCGAAUACUGGCGAAUCGUCCUCCGCACCCUACUGCGCGAUGCAUCCUACCUACCAGACCCCGUGGCCCGGCGCUACAUGCACGACUGGAUCGUACAGCGAUUCCGCGCCGUCAGCCAUCGCAAGCAGACCAAGGAUACGCUCAAAGCCCUAGACAAAACCGCCCACGCCACAACACAAUUGUUACGCAAAGCCCAAGUCGGCCGCUUGCGCUCGCUAACUAAAGUGCUAUUCAUGUCAUACGGCCGUACGGGCAGACGACGGCAUGAACUGCUAGCUGAAAUGCUAGCGGAGCCCGUCCCCGCCGACACGGAGGCCGUGCGGGAUGUGGUGAUGAACAAGAAGACCGACUUCGGGGAUGACUGGCGCCCGCCGGCUAUUGUUAUGGCGCUGCUCAAGUCCCAGAUAAACAAUCCAGAGAUCCAGCAGCGCCGACCAAGACCGCAGGUCAAGACGCUUGCGCCUUCGAUUCCCUCGCAGAAUAGCUGGGCGCAGCCCGUGCCGCAUGUUCGCAAGGUGAACCUUCGCCAAAAAUGGUACCAGGAUGUCCUCAAUAGUCUUCUCCCUCCACUACCAGACGAAGUCCUGCGCACACUGGACGGCCUGGUGGACGGGACAAUCCGAUGGACCCGAGUGAAGCGGCGGACGCCAGCGAAACGGACCUUGCGGGAAGACACGGCCGACGAAAGUCUUUUCAAAGACCUAACACUCGGCCUGGCGAAGGAAGGCACCUUCGACCACGAAGGCGGACGCGCACACGAUAUCAAUUACCGAUUCAUGCGACAUAACUGGCGACGGGUGUCGGCUCUCGUGCCGCGGAUAAGCCGUGACGAGACGUGGAAUAAGUGGGAUAUCUGGUGGGAUCGACCCAAGCCCGCGGCGCAGUACGCGUUCACGCCCAAGGAUUCUGCGAAGGAUAUACUCAGCAGGAAAUAUUCGGACGCGGAGCCGAAGGGUCACGCAUAUUUGCCAAGGCAUGGAGUGGAUGCUCCGGAGAAGAAGGGUGGCUGUAGAACUGCGAGUAAAUGA